UGGCCGCGCACGGGUUUACUUUCAAGGCCCAAUUUAGCUUUGUUCAAUCCAAACAUCUGGACGUCUUUUCCGCGUUGAUAAACGGUGACGUCAUAUAGGUACCUGUACAACCGUAGCCAACAGCGCGACCCUGUCAUUAUGACAUACAUUUUGGAAUGUUGCUGUAUGAUCGCUAGGAAAACAGUUGAACUCGUGGCCCCAUUCAAAACAUGUAGCCUCUUCCUGCUAUGCUGAUUUAAUUCAAGAAAUCAAUCAAUGAGCAGGCUGAAUUUUUUUAAUAAAGCUAAUAAAUGUAAUAUGGGAGAAUAGUAGAAUAUUCUUUACAGUCAUGGAAUUGAUAUAACAUCCGUUUGGUGGGAAAUGCCAUAAUUUUCUGCAUGCAUCUCAAUUCGUUAAUUUUUUUCGCCUCAUACAGUCUUGUGUUUGUAGGCUAGGUUAUAAAACAUAAUAUUUCAAAUAGAACUGAAUGGAAAGGGGAAGAGUAAAAAAAGCAGGCCUACUUGUUUGAAAAAUACCAGGGCAUGAUGGCUGGUAUUUCUAGAAGUUGGUGAAAAAAGAGAAGAUGAGUGAGAACUUGUAAUUUCCUGAAUGACAACACAUACUGUCAAAAGAGAAUCACAAGACGGAGAGAUGUGUCUGUACAUAAAACUGUGUCUCUGCCUGCUUUUACAGACUAGACUUGGACUCCAGUCAUCUGAUCGUAGGCCCACAAGAAUCUUUGCUUCAAUUUGAGACAGUGUCCGUUUACCAUGUGGUACAUCCUACAUCAAUUCCUGCUCCUCUGUUACCUGGAGUAUAGUGAAAGAUGGGUUUCAUAACCAAUUAGAACUAUCAGGCAAGGUGAAAGCGGAUGGUCCAAACUCAGGAAGAGCCAGUCGACUGAAAGUGGGACAUGACUGCUCUCUACAUAUUCAAACUCUUGAAAUAGACGAUGGAAGAGUUUACACCUGUGAAGAUGGGGCUACCAGUGCAAGUGUUUCUCUUCAGCUUCUCAACAUUACUCUGGCAACAGACACCAAUACAGCACCAGAGAUGGAUAUCAAGCUCCAAUGUUACCUGAAUAUAUUCUCAGGCCUUGUCCCACAAUGCAACCAUAGUGAAAUAAAGCUGAAUUGGCUGAAUGAGGCCAAUACAGUGCUACAGGGAGAGAGAUUUCAAACCGAACGUUCAUCUGCUUGCUUCUCUACGCUGACCAUCCGAGGUGUCAGGAAGACAGACCAUCACAGGAAGUGGCGGUGUCAACUGAUUGAAGGAGAGGUUGUGAAGACGUCCCUCAGCUAUACCACAGAAAUUACAGGAGGUAUAGAGGAAGUAUUUGUCGCAGUGGGUGAGUCAGUAUCACUUCCCUGUGCCACCCACUCCUCUCUUGAGGUGGGCAGCAGAUUCCAGUGGACUUUGGGUCAAAGGUCACUGUCCAGUCUGUCUUGGUCAGGCGAUGUCUCAGCUGGAACUCAGGGGCACCUUCCUGCAUCUCACAUCAGCCAAGAUGGGUCUUUGGUCAUCAGCAACGUGAAAACACUGCAUUCUGGGCUCUACAACUGCUCGCAACAGAACAGAAUCCUACUACACACUCUGGAUGUAUCUGCAGAGUAUGCUACCACAGACGGAAACAAUCUCACCCUGACCUGCUCACUCACCUGUGUGGAAGAUUGUGGACACUUCAAUUUAUCCUGGAUUCACAGUGGCCAGGAUGGGUUGCAGAGUGGCCCUACAGGACAUAACAACACCCUCAUCUCCAAACUCUUCCUCCCUGACCGCCAGGGCACAGAGAAGAUAGCCUGCGCCGUGCUCAGAGAGGGGGUUGAAAUGGCUGUAAAGGAGUGGACCAUCCAGAGAGGUCAUGUUCUACCUGCAGUGGGAUGGUCAGUCCUUCUGCUACUGCUGCUCUGUGCUGUUGGAGGGGGCGUGUAUUGGAAGAGGCAGGGCAAGGGAAGUGCCGCUCUAGGAGAAGAACAGCUGACACCUGUUGGAAUGACUCAUCUCUAUGACGAGAUUCAAGAUCAACCAAUUCAACCUUCCGGAGUAACCAACAACAGUUUCUAUGAUCUUCUGCAGGCUGGGAACUGAGUGUAAUGUCAUGUCCUCUAUCUUUAGGCUAUUAGUUAAGUUUUAAAUCUAAUUUGACUACUUUGUACUUUGCAUUGUUUUGUGGUUUGGAACAUUAUAAGUGUCACCAUGACAUCAAGUCUAUGCAGGUUGUUUUUUAUGAUGGAAAUAAAUUCAUAAAAAGAAAAUAACCUCUAUAGAAUAUCACCAGUUACCACAGUUAAAAACCCAGACAUAAGUUGGUUACAGGAACACAUUCAGUAUGACUCCUCAGUGUGGGGGGUUGAUGGCUAAGUCUUCCCACCUCAUGUCUUAAACAUCACUCUGCUGACUUUCACAUCCCACAUGAAACCUGGUAGCUUCUCUUCAGCAGUGUAAAACUGUAGAUGUAUGGGACUGAGACAAGACACAUAAUACAUGAGAGUGAACAGAGAAGUGUGUUUAUUUCAUACUGGAUGGCAGUAGGUGAGCAUUAGCAAUACAAGUAAAAACCCCAGAACAGCAUGUCUCUGUCUGGAACAGCUCCCAACUACACAUCAUUUGGUGUAGAAAAGCGUCAGCUAAAGUUGUUCCACCAUGGGGUCACAAAUAGAGGAAUAUGUCCAAUCAAAUCAAGCUAAAUACAAUUGGUCACCUCAUCCAUUUGAUUAUUUCACAACUAAGAUUGUUAUACUAUGUAGGCUAUACCAGGGGUUGAAAGAUAAGAUUGUUAUUGUGUAAUACUAUGUAGGCUAUACCAGGGGUUGAAAGAUAAGAUUGUUAUUGUGUAAUACUAUGUAGGCUAUACCAGGGGUUGAAAGAUAAGAUUGUUAUUGUGUAAUACUAUGUAGGCUAUACCAGGGGUUGAAAGAUAAGAUUGUUAUUGUGUAAUACUAUGUAGGCUAUACCAGGGGUUGAAAGAUAAGAUUGUUAUUGUGUAAUACUAUGUAGGCUAUACCAGGGGUUGAAAGAUAAGAUUGUUAUUGUGUAAUACUAUGUAGGCUAUACCAGGGGUUGAAAGAUAAGAUUGUUAUUGUGUUAUACUAUGUAGGCUAUACCAGGGGUUGAAAGAUAAGAUUGUUAUUGUGUAAUACUAUGUAGGCUAUACCAGGGGUUGAAAGAUAAGAUUGUUAUUGUGUAAUACUAUGUAGGCUAUACCAGGGGUUGAAAGAUAAGUGGGUGAAUAUCAUAAAAAAGCAUUUACAGAUGUUUUGUGAAGGGUUCGGUAAGACAUGGUGUGUUGAUUGGAAGAUGUUUUGUGAAGGGUUCGGUAAGACAUGGUGUGUUGAUUGAAAGAUGAUUAUUCUUUUCACUGGCAUUGAACUGAAAAAAAAAAUAAAAAAAUACAAUGUAAUGAAAUGUUAAUUGUUUACAGAA